AUGUCUGAGUUCAGGCCUCCACAAACGAUGUCUUUCCAACUCACCGCAGGCAUCGUCAAGCGUCUUGGAGACACGAACAGUGUCCCCGCUGACGUGCUCGAGUCGCAGCCAACCGUGCAGUUUCUCGCGUUCAAAAAGGUUGCGCUGGCCUCAGAGGCGGCGGCGACGAUGGAUCGCUACUGCGUGAUCAUGUCGGACGGGCAACAUUUCUUGCAAUCGAUGAUCGCAACACUGUUGAACGAGUUCAUUGAGACUGGGCAAGUUGGGAAACACUCGGUUGCGGUCAUCGAGCGUAUUAUAACCAGAAUCAAGCACUUCAUUGUUCGCUUGGGAACGAGUAAAGGACGCAAUUGCGAUGAGUUCAACACAUAA